GCUGAUAAAACAUUUCGGAUAAAAUGGUAACUCUACGAAAACAAUAGGUGAGCAAACAACACGUAGCUGCUUUAUUAUUAUUGAUAAGAAUUUCAACUGCUGCGGAUUAAAGUUUCGUAAUGCUGAAAGCUGUAAUCCUUGUUGGUGGCCCUCAAAAAGGUACUCGCUUUCGUCCACUUUCGUUGGACACACCUAAACCUCUGUUUCCAGUAGCCGGUCGUCCUAUUAUACAGCAUCAUAUUGAAGCAUGCCUACGUUUACCGGAGUUGAAAGAAAUCCUUAUAAUUGGGUAUUAUCCCCAAGUUCAGAUGGAGAAUUUUGUCAGCGAUAUGCAAAACUUGUAUAAUAUUAAUAUUAGAUAUUUACAGGAAUUCACUUCGCUGGGCACUGCAGGCGGCAUGUACCACUUUCGCGAUCAAAUACGUUCGGGAAAUCCGUGUGCAUUUUUCGUUUUAAAUGGCGAUGUAUGCGCUGAUUUUCCUUUGCAAGAUUUAUAUUCAUUCCAUAGACAGCGUGCUGAUACCGCACUGGUGACCAUUAUGAGCACUGAGGCAACGCGGCAACAAUCGCUACAUUAUGGAUGUCUGGUAUUUGAUCGUAAUAGCGGUGUAGUGUCGCACUAUGUAGAAAAGCCUAGCUCAUAUGUUUCUACUUUUAUAAAUUGUGGUGUCUACGUAUGCUCAAUGGAUAUAUUUGCACAUUUAGCCGAAGUAUUUUAUUCAAAAAGUCAGGAGUACUCAAAUCAUAGUUUACUUAAUGGCGGCACAAACGGCAAAGAUCAAGGACAUAUACAAUGGGAGCAGGAGGUUUUAACACCGCUCGCUGGUACCAAUAAACUCUGCGCAAUGCCAGUACCGAAUUGGUGGUCACAAUUGAAAACUGCUGGCUCAGCCAUUUAUGCGAAUCGUCAUUAUUUAGAACUUUACAAAAAUACGCAUCCAGAGCGGCUGGCAAACGCUGGAACGAAGCUAAGUGAGCACGACUCUAAUUUGAUAUGCACAAUUCUGCCGGACGUUUAUAUUCAUCCAAGUGCCACUGUUCAUUACACUGCAACGUUGGGACCCAAUGUUUCCAUUGGACCAGGAGUUACCAUCGGGCCCGGCGUUAGGAUACGAGAAUCUAUUAUUCUUGAGAAUGCAGUUAUAAAAGAUCAUACUUUGGUAUUGCACUCAAUUGUGGGUAGAGGUUCGAUAAUUGGACAAUGGUCGCGUGUAGAAGGCACACCAUCUGAUCCGGAUCCGAAUAAGCCAUUCGCAAAAAUGGAAAAUCCGCCGCUAUUCAAUAAAGAGGGUAAACUUAACCCUUCUAUUACCAUAUUGGGUUGCUUUGUACAAGUACCGUCUGAGAAAAUUCUAUUGAAUAGCAUCGUCUUGCCGCACAAGGAAUUAUCUAGGAAUUUCAAGAAUGAAAUAAUAUUAUAAUUUAAUAUUUGAAUAUUGAAAUUUGUAUUUUUUUAAUAAGUAAAAAGUAUUCUAUAUAUUAAAUUUUAGUGUCAGCCAUA